CAGAGAUGAGAUUGCCAUAAAAGGGAUCUGAUGCAUGGAAAUAACCUGAAUUGAAUAUCACAUCGGUUUUUUUUUCGAUGAUAUUGAAUAUCUAUUUGAAUUGUAGGAAAGUGUGGACAUUCAUUCAGAUUUGGGAUGCUGCUGGUGAUGAUAUACUUUUUGAGGGAUUAUUUCGUUUGUUUUCAUUGCACGUAUAGAAAACAUUCAAUCCAUGCAACUGAAACAUGAUCUCAAUAUACAAAAACAAUUUCGCUGUAUAAGGCAGUUUUGAUAAAAUAUGCGUACCAUCAUGUCAUUACUGGCCCUGAGUUCAUAUUUCCUUAAUACCUUGGUAGUGAAUCAAUCGAUCCCAACACAAGCUGAACAAGCAAAUCUCUUGGCCAAUGUCCAGGAAGUUUUCGAGCAAGUCAAACUUCUCACCAAAGAUAUAGCCGAAUCGACAGAGAAAUCAGUCGUGAAUGACAUCGGAAUAACAGUAACAAGAGCAGAAUAUACUCUGGAUUUAUUGGAAAAGAUAACCCUUAUGCGUCUUUCUUGCGAUGGUAACUCUGUCUGCAUGCUGGAAUCCCGACCGGUCAUCAAGCAGCUAGCCCAAGAUGGUCGCAAAGCUCUAGGAACCUGCACCGACAUAGCAUCCGCAGAUAUCACGGCUUGCUCUGACCGGCUCGCCAAUGUGACCAAUUCCGCCAUUGAUAGAGGGCAGCAGCUGCUAGAUGCUUUGGGCGAGUGCAGCAAAAAACCCGGACUUGCGGUGAUUUCCUGCUAUCGCAACAUCAUCGCUACUGAUGUACUUCCGGUGAAAAAGACACUGGUGGGGGCGAUAGAAACACAUAGAGAGGCGCACUUCAAGGCCAUCGAGAUCAGGGAAAAGGGCCAAGCAUGUGUUGAUCUGACCGUCAAGAAAUACAGGGAUUUGUUGGAGAAAGUGCUGGAAGAAGCCUUGAAGUGUACUUAAACUUUAUUGAAUAGUAUUUGGUGGUUUAGUAUGGAGGUUUUGUAGUUACUUGAGAAUCGAAUAAAGUGUGAAUAGUCUGUUCUUCUCUAACUUUC